AUGAGUGAGCUCCUCACAUACCUGCAAAACAAUGAACCCCAAUUUCGCAAAGCCCGCCUAGGCGCCCUCUACUCGGACUUUCGCCCCCAAGCAACCCUCAACCCCGACGGCUACAGCGCCAACAUCAGCGCCUGGCUCUCGGCCCUCUCCUCCGCUCUGCUCGCCGGCGCCGUGCCCUCCUCGCCGAACCUCCUCACCUUAAAUAUCAACGAGUCCCUUCUGCAAUCCCUCGAAAGCAAAGAAUGGGGUCGCCCCCUAGCGCUGGGGACAGUUGUGAGGGAAGGUGUGAAUAGGGGGGUUUUGGUGGGCGUCAAGGAGUUUGAGAGUUUGGAAGGAAUGGGGAGGAUAAAGUGCAUGUUGGGGGGCGUGGUCGUGCUUCCUAAUGUUGAGGCGGCCGCAAAGGAGUUUGUAAAGCGGAUAGAGGGGAAGAGGAGUAGAACGGAUAGGAUAUAUUCGAAAGCUGCUUUUAGUGAGGAGUUUGGGGAUGUGUUGGGGAAGGAGAAGGACCUUUCGGAGAAUGAUUUUGAGGUCUUUUUGAGGUUUUUAGCGAGGGAUAAAGGGCUGGUGGCUUGGGAUGGGAAGACGGUCAAGUUGAAGGCGAGUGGGGACAAGACUGUGAGUGGCAUUACAGCGGAGGAUACGAGUAUUGCGUCUCUGAAGACGUUGAUUAAGGAUUUGGAGCUUCAGACUACGAUUCUAAGUAGAAGAGUCGAUGAGUUGGGCAUGACGGCGAAGGAGGCUGUUGCGCGAAAGAAUCGGGUAGCAGCACUUGCGGCUCUUCGAUCGAAGAAGCUGGCCGAGACGACACUCACGAAACGACAUGCUACUUUGGGACAGCUGGAAGAAGUUUUCUCGAAGAUUGAACAAGCCGCCGACCAGGUCGAGCUCGUCAAUGUCAUGGAAACCAGCUCUCGCGUUCUUUCCGGUCUCAACAAGGAGGUUGGAGGUGUGGAGAGAGUCGAUGAUGUCGUUGACCAAUUACGAGACCAAAUGAGCCAAGUCGACGAAGUUGGUAGUGUUAUUACCGAAAUCGGCCAAGGCGCUGGUGCAGUGGAUGAGACUGAGGUCGACGAUGAGCUCGAGGCCAUGGAGCGCGAAGAGAGAGAGAAGAGGGAAGCCAAGGAGCGAGCAGAGAGAGAAGAAAAGGAGAGGCUGGAGGCUGCAGAAACAAGGCGAAGAUUGGCAGCCCUGGAAGAGGUAGAGCGUGAAGCUGCGAAGUCUAAAGAGGAGGUAAGCAAUAAGUCAGAAGAGUUGAUUACCGGGCAAUCAGUUGAGGAUACCGUGACGCAGAUGCAGGGCAUGUCUCUAGAGCCGAGACGAAUUGCGGAAACAAAUUAA